AUGGCGGAGCAGACAUUGUCUUUGGACCCCGCAAACUCCUGGAAUCCCGCAUCAUGGCCGGAGGGUGAUACGCCUUCCAAUGCAGCGACCUCUACAGAAGGUGGUCUGGCCGACCUCCUGGCCGCUGCAAGCCCAAAGCAAACCCACGCAUCCGACAUUGAAUCGCCUCUGAACGACGAAGACUUCUCUGCAUGGAACGUGUCGAAUGAGAUCGAAGACAAACCACCUCAAGUGGAAGAUGUGGAUGUGGUGACCUCCGUGGUAGAUGAUUCUCCAGUCCAGGAUGCCCCCGGAGUUGGCGACAUCGCGGAAGUGACCAGCACGAGAAACCAGGGCUUUGACGACGCCGAGGCUCCUACACAGUCUAUAGAAAUGCCCGGAUCGUCCGAUGAUUUACCUGCAGAUGCCGAGCCGGUACAAACGUUACUGCCCUCCUCCGAGCCCACUGCCACCCCGACCGAACAUGUCCUCUCGCCAACCGACGCGCAAGAUUCCCAGUCUACAGCACACCCGGAGUCUUCUGUUCUGGCCGAGCUGGAGAAGGAGGGGGACGUCACCGUGCUUUCCGUGCCGGCCGAACAACCGACCGAAUUUCAGGAGCCGGUUGUCGAGCCAGCUGAUGUUAUUCAACAGCUACCCACGCCCCCGGUGGAGUCGGAGCCUGUGUUGCCUCAGAGUGAAGAGCCGCUCUCGACACCUUUUUUACCACUACCAGCGGGAGACGUGCCGCAAUUGGAGGCCGAGUCGCCUGCGAACGAACCAAGUACAAGAGAUGCCGACCCUUGGAGUAUUGAAGCGCAUAACGAUGUGGAUUCCGAUGGAGAUGACUUCUUCAAUCAAUUGAAGACUCAAACGAAGCCCAUUUUCGCACCUCCAGAGGCCGAGUCCCGGUUUGAAGAAGGUGUCCCGCUGCUGGAUGAGGAUAGCCCAAAAUCGCCCGAGCGUGAGGGACAGCCAACGGAACCUGUUGACGAUUUCUUUGCCAACGACGAAAACGACGCGGAUGACUUUUUCAGCUCGGCUCAAAGGGUGGAAAUCAGUGAUGAAAUGUCCGCGCCGCACAUUACCCGUAAGAGCACGUCACAGGUGAUGGAAUCUGUGGGUUUCAACAUCGACUCUCCGACAAGCGAUACAUCGGCUGCUGCUCAAUUCGAUGAUAUUCUGAAAGCUGCGACUACGACCGGACCUGUAGAACCCGUGGGGCAGGCUGAACCAGCCGCGGAACCUACGGAAGACGAUCUUGCUGCACUAUGGGAAGCCGAAUUGAGUGAUACAGGGGAAGAUGAAUUGGCUGCUAGGUGGGAGGCUGCCCUCGAUCUGGAUGAUGAUGAUAUGCUUCUGGAAGAUACAACUGCAAUUGCACCUGCCCAGCCACAAGCUGGUACCCCUGGACAACAAUAUGUUCCCCACAGCGCCACACCAUCUGCAACCAACGCUGGUUCUGCUGGCUUGAGCAGCCCCUUCGAAACUCCUAACAGUCAGACCCAGCCUCGAGCCGUUUCUGGCAUAUAUACGCCACAUCAGCCCACAACUGCAGACUUGGUUGGAGGCAUCCCUAUACCUGGAGCCCCCCCAACGGUGAAUGCUGUGAUACCACCAUACUUCUCCCAGCAGCCGUCGAACCCUGUGCUGCCCCCUCGCGCAGAGAGUUUUGUAGAGCAAUCAAAGGAGGGUUACAAAUCUCCGUAUGACCUGCCAGAUGACCUGUCUCGGCCCAGACGGCCUGUGGUAACUCACAAGCCUGCUCCAGCGCCUGUGACUAGUAUGCCUCCCCCUCCCCCUCCCAACAGUGGCAUCCCUCAGUAUGGUGCACCAUCACCUGGAACUGCUCCCCCCACUGCUGCGCCGGCACUCGCAGCACCAACCGCCCCAAAGAACUUCUACGAAGAGCUUCCCUUGCCGGUUCCGAAGUCUCGACCCGCGACAAGCUCGGGGCGAUACUCCCCCAAUCCUGCCGUGAUCACGGCGACUGGUUCGUCGCUUGCUGCUGCUCCACCGCCGCACAAUCCAUAUGCACCCGCCGCACCUCUCGCUGCUUUACCAGGAAACGUGUCUUCUCAACCUUCCCUGCAGCCACCAGAGCGUUUGGACCCUUAUGCUGUGCCCUCGGUGUUGGCAUCAAGUGCACCAGCUGGCCCUCCUGUUGCUUCUCGGUAUUCCCCCCAGCCGCCAGGUUUGCAACCAUCGGCCAAACCACCUUCAAUCCCGCGAUACUCACCCGCGCCCCCCCCUUCGGGACCGGCUCCCCGCAACCGCUAUGCCUCUCAGCCUUUGGCCGUUCCAGGCCAUGUCAACAAUCUGCCGUUCCAGCCUCGUACCUCCAGUCCUCUUGCCUAUCACGAAAAGGCUUCAUACCAGCCCGAAGACACUCAGGUCAAACAGGCGCAGCCGCCUUCGCUACAGCCGUCAGUCGAUCUUUCACCACCACGUGCGCAGCGGCCUAGCAUCGAUCAAGGGUCGCCAUAUGCUCCACGGUUGUCAAAUGGAGUUGGAAACCUUGAUGGUGCAAGCCCCCCGGUUGCCCAACGGCAGACUCCCCCGCCGCCCAAGAAUCGCUAUGCGCCACCGGAGUAUGUCAGCGAAUUUGCUCAGCGGGUUGCACCAAACAGUGCAAAUACUCCUGUUCCUGCCGCAGCAGUUGUACCACCGCCAUCCCAGCAUGCGAACGAUUCGCAGUCUGCGCCUCCUCGUCGAUCCCAUACUUCCUCACCUGGUCAGCAAAUGACGAGCCCUCGAGCCGCCGUGCCGCCUCUCACAACUUUACCGCGCCCAGCCUCUGUGCACGGCUCCAGUUCGCCUACCAAGACGACCAAUCCGUACGCACCCAUGCACCCUUCUAUACAGGGCCGCGCUCGUGCUCUCUCCCAGCACCUGGAGUUUAUUGCGCCUACCGAUGGACAAGAACAGGACCCUCUCCAGCGAUGGAAAGGCGCUCCUAUCUUCAAGUUCGGCUUCGGUGGCUCUGUGGUCUCUUGCUUUCCCCUACAGAUUCCCCGCUACUCUGUUGGUCAAGCUACCCCGAUGAUCAAGCCUAGCCCUGGCGAGCCCAAGCUCUCACAGGCCAGCCAAUGGGUCCCAUCUGCAGAUACUAUUGUUCAGCAUCCGGGUCUGCUCAAGACCAAGUCCAAGAAGAAGGAUGUGCUCGCUUGGCUGUCAAGCAAGAUUGCUGCGUUUGAGAACGACAUGCCUCACGGGUUUGACCAGUCCCAUCCCGAUAUACAGAAUCGUCACGAAGAGAAGAUCCUGCUCUGGAAGGUUGUGAAAAUCUUGGUGGAGAACGACGGGAAGCUGGAGGGUUCAGCCGAGGUACAAAACUCUCUUCGUCAAGUAUUCGUGCCAAAUCUUCCUGAACUCGGUCCCGAUGGCUCCGUGAUAAGUCCGCUUGGAACUUCUAGCGGAUUUUCCUCACAGGGAGCAUUAUCUCAGCCGGAUGCAACAGCUGAUUCUCAGUGGAUGGAAGAGGUGCGGAAUCUUCUGCUCCUAGGUGAACGAGAAAAAGCUGUCUGGGCCGCUGUUGACCGCCGGCUAUGGGGACACGCAAUGAUUCUCGCAUCCACCAUGGAUCGGGCGAUUUGGAAGCAAGCUGUUCAAGAGUUUGUUCGACGUGAAAUUAAAUCCACAGCUGCUAAUACCGAGUCGCUUGCAGCGCUCUAUGAAAUAUUCGCAGGAAAUGCUGAGGAAAGUGUUGACGAACUUGUACCUCCAUCCGCGCGGGCUGGUCACCAGCUAAUCAGCAUGAAUGACCGCGCGGGAUCCACCAAGAAUGCACUGGAUGGUUUGAAUAGCUGGAGGGACACCGUCGGCUUGGUGCUUAGCAACCGCAGCUCUGAAGACCAGCUGUCACUGCUUGCUCUUGGCCGUUUGUUGGCUUCUUAUGGACGCGUGGAAGCCGCACAUAUCUGCUUCAUCUUCUCUCGUAGUGCGGUCUUUGGCGGUGCCGAUGAUCCUCAAGCGAAUAUCGUGCUUCUUGGUGCUGACCAUCAGCGCCUCCCUUGCUCUUUGAUGGACGAGGACGCCACACUUCUCACUGAGAUCUAUGAAUAUGCCACCUCAGUCCUGGCUAGCUCGCCGGUGGCCAACUUGCCAUAUCUCUUGGCCUUCAAGUUCCUACACGCUAAGCAGCUAGCUGACCGGGGACGCAAGUCUGAGGCUCAGAUCUACUGUGAUGGAGUUGCCGCAUCGCUCAAAGCAAACACUCGUCCCUCCCCAUACCACCAUCAGCACUUGUUCGUUGAGGUUGAUGAGCUUUCUGCCCGACUCCGUCACACAACCACUGACGGUGGCUCGUGGAUCUCCAAGCCUAGCAUGGAGAAGGUUUCCGGAUCUAUGUGGGCUCGCUUCAACAGCUUCGUCGCUGGUGACGAUAGCGAUGCGGCAUCGACAGGAUCAGGCAAAGCCGGUGAAAUUGGAGACUUUGGUCCCUUUGCCAAUGUUGCCGGAACGCCAACUGUCAGUAGAUCUCCUUCUGUGUCUGAUCUUUAUGGCUCCUAUCCUGGAGCAGCGGCGGCUCAACCCAUUCCCGCCCCUGCUGGCGGCUCCUCGCGAUACAUGCCGAACCAAUAUGCGCCAAACGCCUCGCCCGAGCAGUUCCGUGGACGGUCAUCGAUGGAUUCGCAGAGAUCUCCAUCGUUUGGUGGCGUUCCCUUUGCUCAACGUCGAACCUCGCAAGAAUACCCUGCCUCUCCGGUCGAGAGCUACGCACCUAUGUACGGCUCUCCCGGCGCUGUUUCGGGUUACCAGCCCACUCCGCCGCAGACAUCCUACAUGCCGCUUGCUCCGGUUGAAGAAGACUUGACUGCCCAAUCGCCUGCAGAUGUGGCACCGCCCACUCAAGCAACGCCUGCUGUCAAUGGCCUCUUCUACCAGCCCCAUGGACAGCAAGAACAGCAACAGCAGGAACCUGAACAAGCAUCAGCUACACAGUCACCUUACUACCAGGGCCCCCCUGGUAUGCCGCAGCCAGAAGCUUCGUCCUAUAUGCCGCUGCCUAGCAAUGCUUAUGCGCCACCGUCGUAUGCUGCCCCGGAUUUGAAUUCCGCGCCAGAGGAGACAGAUCAGCCCUCUGCGGUGGACGAGGAGCCUCAGCCUCGGAAGAAAAAGUCUUUCAUGGAUGAUGAUGAUGACGAUGACCUUGCCGCUCGGGCCUCUGCCAUGCAAAAGGCCGAGAAUGACCGUAAGGCGGACGAAGCUUUUAGAAAGGCCGCUGAAGAAGAUGCCAAGAGAGAUGCGCAGCAAUCCCCGAAGAAGGGAUGGUUCGGUGGGUGGUUUGGAGGUGCCAAGAAGGAAGCUGAAAAGACGGGCGGCGGUCCUAUCAAGGCCAAGCUCGGCGAAGAGAAUUCCUUCUACUACGAUAAAGACCUUAAGAAGUGGGUUAACAAGAAGGACCCUAACUCUGCGGCUGCUGUUCGUGCUACGCCGCCUCCGCCACGAGGUUCUGCUCCGCCGAGUCGAGCUGCCAGCUCUGGCAGCAUGCCCCCUCCAGUAGGACCUCCUAUGUCUGGUGCAGGUAGCCGUCCCCAGUCUUCUGCUAGCGACAUGCCACCCCCACCUCUUUCAUCCAGCCCUGCAUUGUCAGGACUUGGCGUACCACCACCUCUCGGUGCUAUGCCUCGUUCCGUGUCCACCGGUGCGGCUGUUCCAACACCACCUGGUAGCUCUGGUGGCCCACCACCUCGACCUGCGUCGUCUUUGACCCAUGCCAACUCUAUUGAUGAUCUACUUGGCGCUCCCACUGCGCGCAAGGGCAAUACUGUCAAGGGCAAGAAGAAGGGCCGCUACGUCGAUGUGAUGGCUCAAUAA